GAGGGAUAUGAGCUGGAAGUAGUGCGGCCUGAUUGUGACACAGGCUUACACCGUUAUACACCGGCAGUGGGCAUGUAUGUCCUACCGUGAUAAUUCUUUGCCUGUCUUAUUACACCCUGACAUGUAGUGAGAGAAGCACAUUCAGCAGUGCCUUACCCGGGAAUUAUACCAGUGGACAGCGUUAUGGGGUGAUCAGCUUUCAAUAAGCAAUGUCACGCCGUAAUCAAGCGGCCGUACCGCCACCCACCCCGGGACAGGACCAGACAGGGGGUAGGGACAGCGGCGGCGAGGGAGGGGGAAGUAUGAAUGACAGCCGCACUAAAGGAGGGGGAGAACAGACUUUAACGGUUGCCUGCGGAUCUGACCUAUGAGUGAAGAUGAGAUUAUGCAAGGAGCCAGCCCUAUUGCAUACAAAGUGGAGGAAAGUAUGGUUGUUUUGCUCGAUCCCUUGGACGAUCCAGAUGACAUUCUUCGCCAAAACCGAUCCCGCGAAAAGCAGUUUGUGUUUGACACCACCUUUGAUGGAUCAGCUACACAGAAAAUGGUGUAUGAGGCAACAACAAAGAUUCUCAUUCCAAAUGUUGUCACAGGCUACAAUGCUACAGUGUUCGCAUACGGGGCAACAGGUGCUGGGAAGACGCACACUAUGUUGGGGACAGACAAGGAGCCGGGCAUCAUGGUCCUCACCUUGAAUGAUCUCUUCCAGGAGAUGGAGAAGACGAGCACCGACAUGGCCUACAAAGUGUCUAUGUCCUACCUGGAGAUCUACAAUGAGAUGAUCCGCGACCUCCUAAAUCCCUCAUCGGGCAUUCUUGACCUUCGAGAAGACUCACGGGGUCAAGUUCAAGUUGCAGGGUUGUCGGAGGUCACUGCAAGGUCAACAGAUGAGGUGAUAAGGAUGUUGAUGAAGGGGAAUCAGGAGCGCACACAGGAGCCCACCGCAGCCAAUAAGACUUCAUCACGGUCCCAUGCAGUGCUUCAGGUCAUUGUGAAGCAGCGUAACCGAGUCCGCAACACCAUGCAGGAAGUACGCACUGGGAAACUGUUCCUCAUUGAUUUAGCAGGGUCGGAACGUGCAGCAAACACGCACAACCGUGGCAAAAGGAUGGUUGAGGGGGCUCACAUCAACAGAUCCCUACUCGCCCUGGGCAACUGUAUUAAUGCUCUCAGUGACAAGAAUGGCCCCAAGUACAUCAACUACCGAGAUAGUAAGUUGACUCGCCUUCUGAAGGAUGCCCUUGGUGGCAACUGCAAGACUGUUAUGAUUGCACACAUCAGCCCGGCCAGCCUGCACUUUGAGGAGUCACGCAACACAUUGGUGUAUGCAGACAGAGCCAAACACAUCAAAACAAAGGUGCGACGCAACGUGACUGAUGUGGCGUACCAUAUAGCCCAGUACACCAACAUCAUCUCGGAGCUGCGUGAUGAGAUCCUCAAACUCCGCAGCCGCCUGCAGGACCAGGGCAGUGGCAGCCGCACCCACGCCAACAUCCAGGCCGUGCAGUCGGAAGUACUUGAGGCCCGUCGUAAUGCCAACCGAGAUGAGAUGACCAAGCUGCGAGAGCAACUGCUCACCUGCUUCAAGGACCAGAUGGAACUCAGGAAGACAUUGAUGGAGCUGAACAACGCGUCCAUGGAGAUCAGCCUGGAGACCAACAGGAACCAGCUUGUCAUCAGCGAGUGGGAUGUUGAGAAGGCCGAGGAUCUAAGCGAGAGGAUGGUGACAGCACAGACAACAAGUUCAAAGAUGAGCGGGACAGCCAGCAAUGUCAUACAGCCAGAUGAAGUGCGUGUUGCUCGGGAUGAGCUGAAGGUGCUACACGAGGAGAAACACAAGACAGAGCGUGUGCGGUCAACAGUCAGGCGGGAGCUAGAGACAGCCAAACACAAGAUGAAGAAAAUGGAGGAGAUCAUCCCCCAGCGUAUCGGGGAUGACGACCAGCAGGAGAUCCUGCAGUUGCUGUGCAAGGUGCACGCGCUUGAGAUCGAGAACCUGGAGGUGAAGUCAGCUUGCCUCCUGCGGGACUUCACCAUUAAGAAGAAGGACAUGAUCAUCACACGCUUCAGACACCACCGCAACCUGUGUGACGAAAUCAUCAAACAGCAGAGACGGCUCAUCACAGAUAACAAUGUCACCUGCCCGAAGGAGCUUGAGGAUCUCUAUCAUCUGUACACUGUGGAGAAGGAGGAUAAGGUGCUGUAUGGUGACGACUCAGACACACCCAAGCCGCUGUCAACAGGAACAAGACAAGUGAGCAGUUUCACAGAUAUAGGCGGCCAUGACGAUGAUAAGUUCUUCACACCAAGUGCCAAGGCCAAGCAUCUUCAAGGUCUCAGUCAGAUCUGGACAGCAAGUCAGUAUAUGGAGAACCUCAACAGUAGCAGCACCAUCUAUAAUCCUGUCGCAGCAUCACGGCAGUCGUUUGAUGAUAAAGAAGUUAUCCAGAGCAAUACUCGCAACAUUGCAGCACUAGCAGCUAAAAAGAGGACCAAGGCUCAUCACGAUCACCUAAACGCUGAGAGACAGGGUCAUGGGUCACGACCUCUCUACCGACCGAGUCAUGAUAGUGAUGCAGGGGCCUUAACUCCAAGUCGUCUUGCAAAACAUAACAGGACGUAUGGUGAUGGAAUGACUCAUACAAGUACGCCACCUAGUGAUGACAACAUCUCGUCAGUGACUGUGGAGAAACUCAGUAUACAUACAGACAUUUCCCUGCCUGUUAUUUCGGCAUCUGAGGAGCGGUAUCGAGGAGGAAUCAGGAAGGUGUCACGGAACGAAGUGGACCAGAAGAGGAAGAAGCGAGGACGCAACUUUGAUGUUGUCAGCAGCUAUUCACAACAGCGUCUCAAUUCUAAGAAGACAACAGCCACAAGCAGCAACAAGUACAUUGGUCGCAGCAAAGGCUCAGACUCCUCUGCUGUCAGUACUCCCCAGCAACAGCCUCGGCGAGAUCGUAAGGCUCUACCCACAAUUCCUGGCUCCUACAGGAAGGAGACUAUUCAUGUUACAGGGAUCCACUUGCCACGGUGAUCAUGUGAUGAAGGAAACACAGGCAUAACCUUUGCCCUUAUGAUCAAAGGUCAACCAAUGAAACAUGUUGAUCUUACAUAGCCAUGACCGUGAUUCAAAUGUGGCUAAAACAUAGUGACAAUACAAAUAUGAGGGCCAAUAUCAUUAAAACAUUAGACAACUAAACCAGUUGAUCACUUUAUGUCCAUAUAUUCUAUCUGGCAUGAAAUUUUUGCUUCAGACCUACAGCUGUUUGGAGAAAAACGUGGACUGUUUGUAAUUAUUUUUCAAAAUUGUUAUUUUGUGUUAUUUAGGGUAGUCAUGCACCAGAAUGUAUUUUUCUCUGCAUUCUAAAUACUGAAGACAGGUAAAAAUAAUUUGGGUUAUGUUGGGAAUUGUUUUGAUUGUUUUAACGGUACAUUGCCAUGAAUAUGAUACCAAGACACAUACAGAGAUGUUGGAAAUUUUUGUGUGAAAAGUAUUAAAUUGAAGAGAAAAAAAAAAUUUCACAAGAGUGUACUGGAGUCUUGACUCUGGCCAGUUUGCUGUUGAUAACCUACCGGUAUGUCUGAGCAGACACAUUUUCUCCUCUGCCAGAAUACCAAAGCUUUCUCUAGCAUGACAACUGUGCCUUUUGUCUGCAAUUUAGACAUGAUUAUUGAAGGUGUGCACAUACACUAUUGAAUGUGUCCAGAUAACACUAUUGAAGGUGUUCUAACACACUAUUGAAGGUGUUCAGACACACUAUUGAAGGUGUUCAGACAUUAUCAAAGGUGUUCAGACAGACUAUUGAAGGUGUUCAUACAAAGUGCGGGUAUUCAGUGUGGGCUGGGAAAUGUGGUAACACUGGCUACAGCUAUUGAAGGGUAUUCUCUUAAACAUGUGAGCUGACCAUGUUGGAAACUAAGUGCUGUAUUUCAUGGUAUUUAUCUAUUUAUCACCCUAUUCUGACUUGUCUUGACUUCAGCAUACACUAUGCAUGUAUAUUUCUGUUGAUCUAAACCUCUUUCUCAGGAUCUGUUGUAUAUAAUAUAUAUACUCUUGUAUUUAUAUUGGUAGUACACACCACUUUGCUGAAUAUCUGUGCUGAAUAGAAAGUGCCAAUAAUGAAUGUUAACUUUCUUUGAUUAUUUACGGCACAUAUAUGAUAUUGAAGCUGUGUUUGUUUGUCAUUGGAGAAAAUGAUUGACAUAAAUGUUGAGACGUGUCUUGUGGAAAAUGUGAUAUGGCAAGAUCAGCACAUCCAACCAUUGCUGGACUUAUCGAGAACAAUGUUUGCACUAAUGUAAACAUGCAACUCUGAAUAGACAAAUAUCAAAAUGAUUUAAAUAUAUGUCUGUUUAACAUUGCUAUAAUGUUAUUCUCAUGGAAAAAAACACAUUGUUUGCAAAUUAAUAUUGCCACAAUUACUUAAUUAAAGUUUUCUGCCCUCCCUGGCUGACUGGAAGACACUGCACUGGUGUUCUGCUGUUUCCUAGCUGUUGAUAUUGUGUGUAUUACUUCUUUAUAUCAGAGUUCCGUCCAGUACUAGUUCAUCGCACGCAGCAGGGUACAGCCACACCAAGUCAAUUACUUGAUCUGGAUAUAACAUGGAGCAGUCACAACACUGACAUUCCCUGUGGGCAAUAAUAUACAAAGUAUAUGUUUUUAUGUAGAAUGUUACACAUAACCCAACUAAUAUCUGAAAAACAUGUCUCUUGAAUGGACAGACUUGUUGAUAUAGAGUAGCCUUUUUGGUGGCCGCUUUCUAAUGGGUUUAUUUGACAAGAAAUUAUUUGUUUGAACUUCCUUGAUAAAGUAAUCAAUUUGUUGUGGCCUAAUCACUUCAGAAGUGAUGUCUCCCACUUCUGUGUAAACUUUGAUUUGAUAAUCACCUUCUGUUGCAGCAGUCAACUUUUAUUAAUGUGUUAACUGAUAUUUGUGUGAAACACGCGACUAUUUCUCCCCUGAGUUUCCACUUUAUCUUGUGUAUAACUGUGACUGAUGUACAUUAGUGUGUGUCAUCUGCUCUCUGAAUUGGGAGAAAGGCAGCUCGGUUUCACAAUAAUUCUUCAAUAUGUGUAUUUAUCAUCAGAAGGCUGGUUUUCAAGCCUUUAAUGUCCAAUUAGAAUUAUUCAUUUCAUUCACCAUAAACUGACUGUUGAUGCAAUUUUAUGAUACUUUAGGUGUAGAGUUGUGGCAAGAAUUGAACAUUUGAUACGAUAAGAUAUGAAUUUAUUAUUCAGGAGAGGUUGAACAUGUUUGCUACAUUAACUGCUGACUUUGUAGUAGCAGCACCUGAUCUUUCUUGUGAUAUGACAUAUAGGGCUUCCCUCACUACUGAUUACCAUACUGCUGCUGCCUGUGCUACUAUGGUGAUGACAAGCUUUAACCCAUUGCUGCUGCUGACAAAUUAUUUAAGAAAUAUCAAUUACUAUUCUUUCCCAUAAGAAAAUCAUGUAAAAUAAUACUUUUCUCUUAAGCAACCAUUUGUUCAUAUUUGAAAUGAAGCAAGUUUUUUGUUUUAUUUUAUGAAAUAUAAUUAUAACCUUUGUGUAAUAUAUGAUGCAAAUUGUUAUCAAAAUCAUGAACCACAUUUCCAUAUUUUGUUACUGUAUUUCCAAUUGUUUCUUAGUGCAUGUAGUGUAAUCAUGAUAUAUCCCGUCAUUGUAAUAUAUAAUGUAUUUAGAAUACUUUACACUUGAAAUAUUAUACAUAAAUUAAUCCAUUUGUUGUGCCUACAUCAUAUCAAAAUUCAAAUACAUUAUCUUAGUACAUAAAAUCAACAAAUGCACCCAUUUUUGGACAUGGGUGCAACAUUUCAUUCUUGAAUCAUUUCAAGUGUUUUGUGUUUCAACUAAUAUUCAGAACCACUUUGAAUUUUGAUUUGUAAUAUCUGAUGAGAAAUGUAGAGUAUUUGCAAAAUAUUACGCCCCCUUUUGACACUUUCCGUGUGCUGGACUUUAGUUUUUACAUUUCGAGAUUGUUUCGAUAUAUCGGAGAAAAGCAUCGUUUUAGCACAUGUUGAUGAAGAGGUCAAUCUGAACAUAUCAUUGUAUGAUAUAUUUCAAUAAAGUAUGUGAAAAAAUA